AUCCUAAGGUCCCAGAUCCCUCGAUCCUGUUCUUCUUUCCAUUCAAUUGACAUUGUCAUUCUUGACAUUGAUUCAGAGGCAAAGCCCUCCAAAGAGUCCGACAGCUUCUUAUCGUUCCCUCUCGUCGACGCUCCCCGCAACUCUUAUCAACAUGGCUAUCUACAGCUCCGUCCCGCCACCUGAGCAGCAACCGACUACGACUACUCCAACCCCUACUGCGACAAACCCUCCUCUGGCCGCUAUCCACGUUCAGUCGCCUCCGACACCAGUCAAGAAUUCUUCUAUUGAUAUUGAUGCUUGGACACUCUCGGCCCUUCAAUCUCUCAACGUCUCCCCUGUCGCACGUGGAACUGGUAUCCCUCUCACUAUCCCUAUCGAUGAAGCUGUCAAAGUUCAACCCAAGUCUCCCGAGCGCAAUGUCGACUUCGACGAGCGUGAGGCGCCCACAUCAAUUCCAAAGCGCCCUCUCUCUAGGAGGGACAGCCAGCGAAAGCGCGAUCUGGUUCUGAAGGGCAAGGAGGGUAGUCGCCAGCGUCGUCGCUGGGAGAAUGACCGUUUGAUGCACGUUCCCAACGUUCAGCCUCCUCUGCCUUCCGAUUACGAAGUCCACCCCACGCAUACUAUCCAUCGAGUGCCCUAUCAGCUUGCUCAAUUCUGGGAUCGUGGCGUGCGCCAGCGCGUCGAGGAUAAAACUGCUCGACUUCAAGCUGAGCGCAAGAAGCAACAGCUCAAGUCAGGUAGUGCCACGGGCCUUGGCGCCGGCGAGGUACCUCGCGACCUGCGUGAAGCCACCAAGCGUAGUCCUGUUGUGCGCAGUUGGGUGCGAUCUUUGGAGGAACCUUUGCGUCAAUACCUGGCCAGCCAGCAGGCUGUCGUUACACCCAGCGCUGAGGCUGCUGAGGAAGACAGUGAUAGUGCAGCCGAUCAAAUGGACUCAGAUGACGAGGAGAUCGUGUUUGUCGGUAGGAAUGGCGCAAUGCGGGAGCUGAGGGAGAAGAAGGCGACAUGGAAACAUGCACACCGUGAGGUGUCGCAGGAAACGGUCGACUCAGGCAUGCUGUUUGACUCUUUCGGCAACGAUGAGAGUGCCGCUUUCAAACGUUGGCUCACACAUACCAUCUCCGAUUACUACGGCAUCCAGUCUCGCUCCGUCAAUCUUACGAACCCAUCGCGCCGAGUUGUCUAUGUUGGUUUGAAGACUUCACAGGGUGUCUUGCCUCCGCGAACGCUACCACGCCCUAUGUGGGAAGUGUGCUGAAGGAGCAGGGGUAUCAGGCCCUCGGCCGGAAUCUCAGGCAAUAUUCUUAGAUGUAGAAACGUAGACGGUAAGCAUGAUCACGGGGCAAUAGAAACAAUCUCACUGAGCUCGGUGGGCAUAAGUCUGUUGUGCUGCGAUUUGAGACUUGGAAUUCUUCGGUGAGAUGAAAGCCUGAAGUGCUUACCUUAUAUAUAGCCAGUCAAAUGCUGAUACGUAAAGUAGACAUUGGCCAGCAUUGAACGAUAGGUAAGAGUAU